AUGGAACCUUUGGCAACAACCAUUCGUUUCGUCACGCUGAACUGCCGAACACUAUCGAGUGAACUCCAACAAGCCGCUCUAUCCAGACUUCUGCGAUAUCUCUGUGUGCCUUUUGCUACACUGCAGGAAACACGCAUGAGAGAUCGGCCCGUCAUCAGCAUCGAAAAUUACACCAUAUACUGCGGCGGCGCUGAUGAGAACAAAGUAGGUGGCUGCGCGAUAGCUGUGAGGAACGAUUACAAGAACCUGGUUGAGGAAUUUGGCUCAACGUCGUCUAGAUGCGCCUUUUUACGACUGCGGGAUCGCAGAGGAAGUAAAGUCUGCAUCGUAAGUGCUCACGCACCUACUGAAACCGCUGAGGACAACACCAGCAGGUUCAUUAUCGGGAUCGACGCAAAUGCGAAGAUGGGAUUCGAACAGCAAUCCGAUGUGCUAGGAAAAUGGUACCAUGCAGACGAGCGCACGUCGGACAACGGUGACCGUCUGGUCGACUUGUGCGAACAGACGAGCCUCAUCAUCGCUUCCACGCUUAAGAGAAAUCAUCGACGCCAUCAGCUCACGUGGCAGGGGUCAACCCUUUUAAUGCCUGAAGAGCAGCGCAAGCGGAAGAUGAGGACUCUUAAGCUUCAGCUCGACUACGUUCUGGCAAGGAACAUUCUUCAGUCAGAUAUUCGAAAAUCUAGAGCUGUUUGGGACGUCGCGUUCGACUCUGACCACCGUCCAGUUCUUCUCAGCUUCAAGAUACGGUUCCAGAAGAGAAACCGAGGAGUUCCUCUUCAACCGAAAAUCGACAUGGCAGGCGUUAAAAGGGUUGACCUCUGCCACGUGAGCUUCACAAAGUGCAUCCAGGACGCUGCAAGGGAAACGCUCCCGGUUCUAUUGCCGCGGAAGAAGUUUGUCUUUACAUCUGCGGAAACAAAAUCCACAUACAGUUCUGUAUGUGUCGGAAAGGAAAAGCGUCUUAGAAGGAAGCUGCGUCGUCAACUGCAACAAGACCGCGAUAACGAGUGGACGUCAAGAGCGAUGCAGUUUGAGAAGGCGUGGGAGGACAGGAACCCGCGGAAAGCCUAUGCUCUACUAAAACAGUAUAGCGGCAAAAUGAAAAGAUGUUCCCCUGUCCCCAGCACUGCCAAUGGGAUAGCUGUCGGUGAAGCAAUCCUUCGAAUUUGGAAGGAACACUUCAAGACCUUGCUGAACCGGCUAGUACCGUCAGCUCCUGAACUCGAACACGUUCAUAGACCGACAUAUGCGGUUAACGAGAAGCCACCGACCGAGUCCGAGGUCCUGGUCUGUAUUCAAAAAAUGAAGAAUGGAAAAUCUGGCGGAGACGACGGGAUUAGCGCAGAAAUGCUAAAAUAUCUUUCUCCGUCUGGGAUUCGUGAGAUGACAAAGAUCAUCCGUUCAAUAUGGAUAGACGAAAGGAUACCUGAUUCGUGGAGACACGCUAUCAUAAUUCCCCUCCACAAGAAGUUAUCCGUCACGGACCCCAGGAAUUAUCGAGGAAUCUCUUUGCUGCGUGUUAUGUAUAAGGAGAGUGAUCGAAAUCUUGCAGCGGUAUUCGAAGCCAAUGCAACUAGCGUUUCACGACUUUCGCCUGCCUUCGACUCUCCUCAUCGAGGCCGUCUUCUCAACGCGCUCCGCGCCGAUGGAGUACCAGGAAAGUUCGUUCGCUUGCCUGAUGACAUGAAUCAGCGAACAACUGCUGCAGUUCGAACACCAGCCGGAUGUACAACACCGUUUGAAGUGGUAACUGGAGUAAGACGAGGGGCGGUGGCAGGACCUUUCUUGUUCAAAUUCGCAAUCGACGACAUUAUGCGAAGAACAGUCGACCAGUGUCCUGCCGACAUUGUCUUAGCACCAUCAGGGUGUCCCUUGACUGACCUCGAGUACGCCAAGGAUGUUGCUGUAUUCGCCGAAAACACCUAUGGACUACGCCUACGCCCUGAUAAAUGCAAGCAGAUGUGGAUCUCUUCGAGACCUCCAACGGGAAUCAGGGUGGACGGACAACCGAUAGAACUCGUCGAUGAGUUCUGCUACCUAGGCUGUACGCUGAAGAACAAUGGCAGCUACGAGAGAGAUGUUAAGCAAAGAUGCGCUAAGGCCACUUCUGCAUUUAACUCCUUAACGAAAUGCCUGUGGUCGACCCCCAUCACCAACGAAGUCAAGCUACGAGUCUACCUAUCCGCAAUUCGUCCCAUCAUGAUGUACGGAUCGGAGACUUGGGCAACACCAUCAACGGUUAUGGAGAAGCUUUACUGCACGGGACGAAAGCUGCUUAGACGGCUACUUGGCUACUUUUAG